UCCUUCAAUUCAGUGGGAAGACGCGCCUGCUGCACACACGGUGGCAAAAAGAUGGCCUCACCAAGGACUAUUACUAUCGUGGCCCUUUCUUUUGCUUUGGGUUUAUUUUUCGUGUUUAUGGGGACCAUCAAGCUCACUCCACGGCUAAGCAAAGAUGCAUAUAGUGAAAUGAAAAGGGCAUACAAGAGCUAUGCUAAAGCUUUGCCAGGCCUGAAAAAGAUCGGCAUCAGCUCCGUGCUGCUCCGUAAGAUCAUCGGCUCUCUGGAGGUGGGCUGCGGCGUGGUGCUCACCCUGGUACCGGGCAGGCCGAAGGACGUGGCCAACUUCCUGCUGCUGCUGGUCAUGCUCGCUGUGCUGUUCUUCCACCAGCUAGUGGGAGACCCCCUGAAACGCUACGCCCACGCUCUAGUCUUUGGUAUCUUGCUCACCUGCCGACUGCUCAUUGCCCGCCAGAGUGACGACCGGCCGGAGAGAGAGGACACUAGAGAGGAACAGCACAUCAACGACCAGGAAAAGAACAAGGUUAAGCAGUCGUAAGAUCUUCUUCUACCUUGGUCCGAGCCACAAUGAAGGGAACCUGGUGCGCCCUAUGGAUUGUAGUAAUUUCAAUUUUAAAGGAAUCAGUCACUUCCAGUAAUAACAACCCUCACACCCACCUCCUGUCGCAUCCAGCUGGCUGACUGAUUACUUUCACCUACUCCUCUGCACCUUUACUGUGAAACGGAUAACCCCUGAUCCAUCCAUCCAUCCAUCCAUCCAUCCAUCCAUCCAUCCAUCCACUACGUAACCGUGGACAAUCAUACCUGUGGAAAUCCAUGAGUCUUAAUAGUGAAUCAAUUUUCCCUGCUUAUUUCAGUCCUACACUGUGUUCAAUGUGUUUUGUUCUUAUACAAGUUUCAUUUAUGUUUCAGAUUGAUUUGAGAAUGCUGUUUUUCAUGAACCGUUGUAGCUUGUUUUUUCUAAUUUGUUUUUAUACUGUAGGAGAGAGAGAUCAAUAAUUUAUGAAUUUCAAUAGUUCAAGCAUGUGUCAUUUGGUGAGGAGUAUAGAACAUGAACCAAAAUGAGCACUUUUGAAACAAUUUUGUACUAAUUAUACAUCAACUGGUAUUACAUAUCCACAUUUUAUUUUGAGGCAGUGUUAACAUAACAGAUUGCAAUUUUAGAAAGAAAAACGUGUAUAAAUCCUUGUUCAUUUUUCAUCUCAGUACAUUUUUUGUAGAAGUGCGCAUGAAAUCCUUUCUCCCAAAGUAAAAUAAGCUGAAUAUCCUCUUUCUCCUUUCAGUUCAGUUAUCACGGGGGAGUUGUUUAGUUGGAAAGUACAGCGGUUGCUGCCUCAGGUGUCUGCUGCCAGCUUGUACAGCAGAACAUUACCAAAUCAGAAAAAAGUAAUUUUGUCUGUUCAAAUGGAAAUUUACCUUUUGUAAUUCACAGAUAAAGUCUUAAAUAUAUUCACUGUCUCUUAAAAAAUUCUGCUGAUGAGUUUGGUUUGACUUUUUCUGUAAAGAUAUUAAAAAAAAACAUUCCUACACAGUUUUGCUUCGGGGAUGAAAUCUCAAUUGAAAACCCUGUCAGUUAAUUUUGAGAUUCACAAUAUUUCUGUAAAUUAUAUACUUAAAAUAAAGAAUUGGAGGUGAGACUGACUAAA